AUGGUCAUCGGACUCUUGGCUAUAACGGCCAUUCCGACGGUGACGGGUAUAUCCCUCGCGUCCAGCGAGCAGCGCAAAGCAAACCAACGCAAAGAAGAUAACCGGCGCAUGCUCAAGUUCAAUAUCGAAGCCGAAUGCGACGGUGAUACGGAUGAUGAUCGCGAGUUGAAUGGGAUGAGUUUGGUUGUUAGGAAUGAGAAGGUCUACCUUGCAGAUUCAAAUCCGUCCAAACGCUCCAUUCCAGCCUUCACAGCUCUGGCCUUUUAUAUUGAAUACCCAGAACUAGAUGAAACGAAGCAUCUAGAUCGGGGUUAUGGUCUUCCGACAUAUGUGCAGACUGAACCACCGUUGCUCAAUUGGAUCUAUGCCGAUAAUGAGACGUAUGAGCUGCGCUACGGGAAUCGGUCUACGAGUGUGGAGCAUCUGGUUGGACCAUGGGAUUGGGAUAAAGAGGAGAGAAUUAUUUCUCUGGAUAAAAAGAAGAAAGCCUUUUAUGCCGUUGAAGAGGAGGAAGGUGAAUGGGCGCUCUAUUUUGAUCGUGAUGGGGAUGAGUUGGAGGGGAUAUUGGAGGAGCAGGGAUUGUUGGAUUGUGCUUUUGUGCCUGUUACACUGAUUAGAAAGAUUGUUGAGGAAAAACCUUCUGCUGGUGAGCCGCCUCAGUCGCAGUCACAGUCCCAGCCUCAAGGUCAAGGUCAGGGACAGGCGCAGGGACAGAAUGGAAAGACUGGACAGUAA